GCAUAUUUUAAUGAUAUGUGUAUGAGGGUAGUGUAAACAAUAUAAUAUUGACUAAAGAGGGGUAGACUAAAAUAAAUAGGUACUAAGUUUCUGCCAGCUUUGCACGUGUGACUGUGAAGUUUUGUAAUAUAACGAUAUGGCUUUAAAUAAAGAAAAAGAAAAUGUUGUCAAUGAAAUGGACGUUUCGAUGGAUUCUAUCGAACUGGUGAGGAGAUGUUCUAAAGACAAUACGGCUGAGACGUCUUGGGAUCCAAGUUGUAAUGUUUCAACUCAGGAUAGGAGUAAAGGCGAGGGCGAUAUAACUCCGCCGUUCGUGAGUAUUAUGGUCACUGAAGCGUCCAGCCCAUCGCAAAGUGUCGAGAACACUUCUACGCAGACGGACCCCUGCGAACUGGCUAUCAACUGCGGAGUUUCUGACGUGAGCCUCUCGUUUUCAAAAGAUUUCAACACACAAGGCUCCACAUCUACCUCUGAGGAUAACUUACGAACAAAACGAGUAAGGCGCGAUUCUCACGACGAAGACAAAAUUUUCAGACCUUGGAAACGAACAAAAAAUGCAAGUUUUACACGAUCUCCGAGUUUAAUCAAAGAGGGCAAAACACUCCGGCCCACAUUGUCCUCGAGUCAAUUAUCUUCCACAUCGGAUGCCUCGUUUAAGUCAUUGAGCAGUAGUCAUACCUUCAAAGUGAGGAAAAGAAAGCCAAUGUCAGAAUCUAAUUUGUUCAAAGACGCACUCCACAAGUCGAGGAAGAAUAGAAGUUUUAACAAAUCCGGAAACAACACCCCAGGAGGGUCGCCGAGGAGAGAGAGGAGUCACCGCCGAAACGCACCUAAGAGUUGGAAGUUUGUUGAUCUGUGCACAUGGAUUGGCAUGAAGAGUUACGAGUCCAUAACGGGCAUGCUCCGGGACCCAGCACGGAAGCUCGGGUCAGAGAGAGAAAGACGCGAAGACACAGGCCUCCGAGAGGAAGUGAGAGAGCUGCGACUAUACCUGAAAGAGGUGGAGGGACGGCAAGCGCGGAUGGCGCGGGAGAACGAUACGCUGCGGGAACAGCUGGACAAGAUGAACUCCAAGAUUGAGCAGAUGGAGGAGAAAUUCAGGUUGCAGCAACAGACGCAAUCCCGUGGACCUUCCGUACCGCCCCCACCACCACCGCCACCUCCACCACCGCCACCACCACCGCUACCACCAACAUCAGGACCAAAGCUUGGACGUUCCAACACAAUACCUAGAUGUGGGUCCGCCCCGCCUAGGACGUCGGGGCCAAGGCUUACGAUCACACCCGAGGAUAUAGCUAAUGUUAAAUUAAGGAAGGCGAAGGAUCACCCAGUCCGCACGAAGCCCCAAAAUCAACCACAGCAGCCGCUGGUAACGCAGCACAUGCUGCAGACGACUCGCGCGAAGCUAGGCCGCUCGAAACCUCCCGCAGCAUCUACUCCCAACAAAAUUCUUAAUGACCUAGAGAAAUGCCUCCUCCAAGACACGUGGGUAUCCUCGUUCCACCGGCGACGCUCAACGCGCGCUACGUUCCGCAGCGCGGAGGAGCUACGCCCGCGCCCCUACCCCACCGCGCGCACGCACGCCCCGCGCUCCCCUCGCUCCCCUCGCUCGCCCCGCGCCCCACGGUCGCCUCGGGCCAGCUCGCUGCCUCGAGCAGCUUUAUCCCCCCUUAAGUAUCAGUUAACUUUACCUAAAUAGCAGAAAUUACUGAAAAUGAUUGUCAGAACGUGAGCACUGCAGUGAUGUCACCGAGAUUGAGGAUUAAGUUGGGGAAGUAAUUAAAUGAUCAGUCAAAAAAUAUAUUGUGGUCAGCAGAAAAAUUUAAUGAUCGGCAAUGGUCACCAACCAAGCACAACGUAAUCAACUGAUCUUUCUGCUGACCAAAACAUAAUUUUUGCAGAUCAGUUUAAUCGUACCCAUUAUAUUAAUCAAUCUUUAUCUAUUAAUCAAUGCAAGCGCAACAAAAAUUGUCGCAUUGUAUUUAAGUUCCACUCGAGCUUCUUGAAUUGUACGUUCUACCACAUUGCUAGAAAGUGCAUAUAGUAAAUGAUUGAGGGGCAAUAAAUAUCAUCAAUCAAAGCCAAAGUCAUACAUGGCUCCCUCCUUUCCUCUUGCUGUACCUGCCAGAAAACAUGUAAUUUUUAAAUAUUUUGCUACUGCGAAAGGUAGUAUUUAAACAUCAAUAUAUAUAUAAUAAUAUAUGCUCUAUGAGUAAUCAAUAAUGUGAUUUAGUGAUUAUGAUAAUGUUGAUUGAAUAUUGAUUUUAGAUAAUGUAUCAAUAAAUAUUGACAAUAAAAGUCACAAAUGUGACUUGUUGAUUUUAAUGAUUUUGGAGCUCAGAGCUUAUCGCAAACAACGGACUGCAGUCCUUUUGCACUGCACUUAUAAAAGUUCCAAAUACGCAAGUAAAAAAAUAUGACUCUCUGACUAGAAUUAUUAAGCCUAUAAAAGUACUGGCAUAUAUAGCGAAGGUGUUAAUCCAUAUCGCUUUUUCACUUGAUUAUUGUAAUAUAAAACAAAAUGGGGAUUACUUUGGCAUCUCUUGUUGAAUGAUCCGCUUUAUAGAACUAUGUUUCUAGACUUUAUUUUUCUAAGACUCCCGGGACAUUCUACAUCUAAUUUGAUUAAACGAAUCAAACUUAUAAUUUAAAAUCAUUUUGAUAUUUUUAUUAUAAUUAGUAUUUUGUAGAUUAUAAUCUUUAGCUACAUAACGUUGCGACAAUAAUAAAUAUUUAUUGUUAUAUUUUUAUUAAGUCGAUACUUGUAAUUAGCAUUACCAUCAGUUAUUGUGAAUAUUAUGAUUUAUACAGAUAAUAAAAAUUGAUAUUGAUUUUUUAA